ACACACACACAGAGAGACACGCACACAGCAGCUGCUGCAGACCUGUGGCCUCUGAUCCGUGGAUCACUGGACGGAAAUGUCUGACUCGGUCAAACCUCUGACGUCCUUCCUCAUCGAGGACAUCCUGUCCGUCAGGGACGGCGCGAGGUUUAACGGCAAGUGCUGCUCACAGAAGAUGGAGAGAUGUUUGCAGUGGAAGGAGGAAUCUGAAAACCAGAGGGAGGAACUCUGUCCUGGGGAGACGAUGACGGGAGUAGAGACAGACUCUCUGGACACGUCCUGUCCCAGCACCUCAGAGUCCUGCACUUUUUCCUCCUCGGGGAAACAGAGACGCUCCAGGGCGGCGUUCACACACCUCCAAGUCCUCGAGCUGGAGAAGAAGUUCAACCACCAGAAGUACCUGUCCGCUCCAGAGAGAGCUCACCUGGCCAGCACCUUAAGACUGACCGAGACCCAGGUGAAAAUCUGGUUCCAGAACAGGAGGUACAAGACCAAACGGAAGCAGCAGAUGUCCGAGUUCUGUAAGGAAGUGGAGAAAAGUUCAGAUGGACUCAGGGAGGAUUUGGUCCGAUCGUCGCUCAUCUCGUCCUUCUGCAGAGCGUAUCAGUACAGACCGUACCUGUGGGACUACAGUGGCCCCUGGGGGCCCACAUUAUGGUGAAAGACAUAAACGUGUGUUUAUUAUUCCUGAUGUUUAGUCUCAGUUUUGGGUUUUUUGACUCUGACUCUGACUCUUAAAUUUGUAGAGGCAGAUUUUGAAAUGAACUUGAAGUGAUUUUGCACAACAUAACAUAUUCACCUGUGGCCUUAUUCAUUCAUUCAUAAUAAAGUAACGCUGAUAUGUUUAAGUUUUGUAUUAAAAUGUACAAAUUAAGAAAAUUAAAUCACUUAAAUUUGGGAUGGGAGUUCUCAGUUGAGAGAAAACUGUUUCUUAGAGUAAAACCUUUUACAUGUUUUAUGCCCACUUUGUUAUGAAAUUGUGUUUCAGCAAGUUUUUAAAGUGUUAAAUUAUAUAUAAUGUAUAGUUUGCUGCAAUUCAGAGUAGUAUACAAAUGGUUUACACCAGUGUUUCCAAACCUUUUUAUACAGAGACCCGUUUUUCUAAAGAUGACAAACAAAAUAAAACAGUGACACAAGCAAAUUUGACCAUUUUUACUGACAUUUCUGUGCAAC